GCCAGUGUGGCUUUCAUUCCCAGUCGCCUCAAUGUUGUUUCUCAGCAACGGAGGCGAGGCGAGGCAGCUGCGCUCAGACCCCUCACUGUAACAGCAGGCGACGUUUAUUCACACUGUGUGUUGUGGUCAGGCCGGCUAACCCUUCGUUACAGAUAUUUUAGUCGCAUUCAGGGAUGGUUCCUCCUGCUGCUGCUGCUGCUGCUGCGCGGAUUCUCAGGCAAUCCCCGUCAUGACCUCACUAACUAACUAACCCGCCCCUCCGGAACGCUGAAUGGAUUUCUCUCUCACAGCCUCGCUAACCCUCCUGUGAGAUCGCUGUUUAAUAGCUGCUGUCGGUGUACAUUUUUUGACAAUGGGAAUCUGAGUUCGGCUCGUUUUUUUUUCUCUCGGCUCGGCACUGAAACGACAAACCAGUUCUACAAAGGAGAAGCGCAGGGCCUAGGUCAUGGGGGGAACUAAGAGCAAGCCCAAAGAACCAGGCCAGCGUUCCCGCAGCCUAGACGGUACCAUAGGCACAGGGAGUGGGGGUGGCAGUGGGGGAGGGCAUCCGCACCAGACCCUCACACCCAGCCGAAGCCCAACAGUAGAUGGCAUGCGAGCUGGUGUCCAGCCAAUCCACAACAACGCUGAGCGGGCCCUGUUUGGGGGUGUGGACUCCACCAACAGCAUCACCUCCCCUCACCGCAGCAUACUGGCAGCAGGAGGCGUGACUACAUUUGUGGCUUUGUAUGACUACGAGUCACGCACCGCCUCAGAUUUAUCAUUUAGAAAAGGAGAGCGGCUUCAGAUCGUCAACAACACAGAAGGGGAUUGGUGGCUGGCACGCUCACUCACAACAGGAGAAAGUGGCUACAUCCCCAGCAACUACGUUGCUCCCUCAGAUUCCAUCCAGGCUGAAGAGUGGUACUUUGGGAAAAUCACUCGCAGAGACUCAGAGCGGUUGUUGCUAAGUCUCGAGAACAGAAGGGGGACUUUCCUAGUCCGUGAGAGUGAGACCACCAAAGGUGCCUACUGUCUGUCUGUGCUGGACUACGACAAUGUGAAAGGGCUGAAUGUGAAACAUUAUAAGAUCCGGAAGCUGGACAGCGGUGGCUUCUACAUCACAUCUCGCACACAGUUCAGUAACCUGCAGCAGCUGGUCAGCCACUACCGCAAGCAUGCUGAUGGUUUGUGCCACUGUCUGACGGAUGUGUGUCCUGUGCUCAAGCCGCAGACUCAGGGUUUGGCUCGGGAUGCCUGGGAGAUCCCUCGUGAGUCUUUACGUCUAGAUGUUAAACUGGGACAGGGCUGCUUCGGAGAGGUCUGGAUGGGCACGUGGAACGGGACAACACGUGUGGCCAUAAAGACUCUGAAGCCGGGCACCAUGUCUCCAGAAGCCUUUUUACAGGAAGCUCAGGUCAUGAAGAAGCUGCGGCAUGAGAAACUGGUGCAGCUGUACGCUGUGGUGUCUGAGGAGCCCAUCUAUAUUGUGACGGAGUACAUGGGGCAAGGAAGUCUACUUGACUUCUUAAAAGGGGACAUGGGGAAGAUGCUGCGGUUGCCCCAGCUUGUAGACAUGGCCUCCCAGAUUGCGUCUGGCAUGGCGUACGUGGAGAGAAUGAACUACGUGCACAGAGACCUCAGAGCUGCCAACAUCCUGGUGGGAGAUAACUUGGUGUGUAAAGUAGCAGACUUUGGCCUUGCUCGCCUCAUAGAGGACAACGAAUACACAGCCAGACAGGGAGCAAAGUUUCCUAUAAAGUGGACUGCACCAGAGGCUGCCCUGUAUGGACGCUUCACCAUCAAAUCUGACGUUUGGUCAUUUGGGGUUUUACUGACUGAACUGGCAACUAAAGGCAGGGUGCCAUAUCCAGGGAUGGUGAACCGCGAGGUGCUGGACCAGGUGGAGCGCGGCUACAGGAUGCCCUGCCCAGCUGAAUGCCCUGAAUCCUUGCACGAGCUCAUGCUGAGCUGUUGGAGGAAGGAGCCUGAGGAGCGACCCACGUUUGAAUACCUGCAGGGCUUCCUUGAGGACUACUUCACCUCCACUGAGCCGCAAUAUCAGCCAGGGGAGAACCUGUAGAGAAUGCCCUGAAGAGCAGCUUUGGAGAGAAGCUUGGAUGAGGCUGUGCUGCACUAUGCUCCUUACAAAGAGUAUGAGUGUUAAAUGACAGCUAACUUGCACAGUGAAAGGAGAAAGCAAACACCUCUUUUUGUAUUAGCCACAAAAACUGGUGCUAGAGAAUACCUCUUAACCUCCUACAAAAGAACAUAAAUGGAUGGAACUCAUAGAGGUAUUAGAGGUAUUGUUUGAACUCGUUUUCUCCAGCUCUUUUUUUUGUAGGUCAGUAACGAUCGAUCUUUAGCUGCUUUUCUGACCUCAUUGUGUUUCCACCUCGCCUUUCUUAAGCUCCUUUAGAGGAUGCUCCAGAUCUGUCACUCAUCCUCUGUAACACCCCCCCAUCCUUUGCUCCAGUCUUCUUCCGAGUCCUCCCCCUCCCCCUGCUUUGCCCCAGUUGCACCCAGGCUCCAGAAGAUAGGGAUAGGCCUGGAGUUCUCCAUAGAGGCCCAGAAAGCUAUGGUUCUCUUCAAGAAACAAAGCCGGUGGAUGAGACUCGAAUGCCACCAUCAGACACUGAGAGGACAUGAUUUUGAGGGGAAAUGUUUUGAUUUGGUCAGAUGUUGGUGUGUAGUCCUUUUCCUGGUAAGCAACUUCUUACUGUCUUACCCUGUCCAUCCAAGACCAUAAGUAUCUUCUCCUGAAAAUGAUGUUCCAUAGUUUCCUUUCUUAAACCUGGAUCACCUGGAGAACAGUUGAAAUAUGAAUUUUUUUUUUUUUUUUUACUUUGAAAUGAUAUUACGUCAUGCUUGCUUCAUGCUAACAAAGUCAUGAGGCAGAUCGGACACGGUCACGUGAAGUCGGCAAACUGAACAUCCUAGUCAAACUAUCAAAGACCAAACUCAUGGAAAAUAGUUUUUUCAUUUACUUUUAUUAUAUCACAUGACUUUUUCUGAUAUGACCCAAAACAACUACUGAUAAAGUCUCUUGUUAACACAGAGACAGCUGUAUAGUCUUGUGAUUAUGUGCCAAUGGGGGGGGGGCAGGUUUUGUACUGUUAUAUAAAAAAAUGUAUUUUUAUUAUGUAAUCUUUUGGUAUCAUCAAAAAAGAAACGGAUGGGUGAGCUUUGCAAUCAGAUUUGAUUUGUGAGGUAUGAAUAUCAGCCUGAUGCAUUUGAAAGAACUCCUCUAAUCUCCAAAUGAUUUUGCUUUGGGCAUUCUUCUUUUAGUGUUGAUCAUUUUCGGUGUUUAGAAAGAUCCUUUGUCAUGAGCCUGCAGUUUUAAGAACCAGUCGAUAUUUUAACCUAACUUUGUUUUCAUCUAGUACCAUCGUGCACUAUGCUGCUCUGCCAUUGAAAACCUUUUAUGAAUGCUUUGCAAAGGCAACAAAGGGCAACUAGUAUCAGACAUGUGGCAGGAUCUUAUCAUAUAUAGGCCAAAACAUAGGAAAUGUUUUGUUGGGUGUUAUGUUUAUCCCUCGUCCUGAAGUCUUUGAUCAAGGCACAUUCUGUCUGGUUUGUUGUAAAAGGUGAAUUACUGUAAACCUGCUGAGACAAUAUAGAGUUAAAAGGUUUGUAGGAACUGUAGGGUAUUUUUAAUGAGUGAUGAUGGUGACUGGAACUGUGAAUAGUAGAUGAAUUAGCAUAAAUAGGUGCUCUCUGAUGCACUGAUGUUUCCAACAGCCUGCCUUUACUUUAGAGUGGUACUGUUGCAGGUAGAUGAGAUGUCCCAUGUCACUGGUCAAUUAUGGCUGUAAAUACCGUCCUUUGGUCAUGCUUAAUGUAAAUAUUCUAUUUAUUCAUAUUGUUUAGUUACAAUCAUCUGGCUUGCUCUUAAACUGAACAUUAUGGAGUGGUCUUCCACACACUGUUUAUUUGCAUUGCAUUGCUGUCUCAUGAAAACCUCCUAACUCCAUUUUUUCCCUCUUUUUGUGAACGUUAUUUGAAAUAAUUUGAAAAUGCCACCUGCCCUUUACUUUUUGUGACGAUCAGGCCAAUAGAAGUUUUGAAAAGCAAUCCUUUCAAAAGUCAUUCCUUACAUUAUCAUACAUUAAGUUAAGAAUGUGUUUUUCCUUCUCCUAUAAAGUUAUCAUUUCAGGAAUACAAGGUUUUUUUUUACAACAGCGAUGAUGAGAUCAUUUUGAGUGUAGGGUUGGAUGAAAUGUGGAACAAAAUCUAAUUGAGUUUAUGAAUAUUCAGUAUACACUUCUCCCACAACUAUCAUCAAUUCACCUUCACACAAAAAAGUGUUCUUUUGUAGCAACUGUUGCAAAGUUGAACUCUUUAUAGAAAGUUGGCAAAAAUCUUGCAUUAUUAGUUUUGGUUUCAGACCUGCCUGAUUUCUAUUAGCUACAACAUAGUCCAGCUUAGUAGCGUCACAUUUAAAACUAAAAACAUUACAGUACUGUGCAGAAGUGUUUAAAGGGCCCAUAUCACGGAAACAGAAUUUAUCCCUUUUUAAAAAAUAAAGCUGUGAAGCCUGUUUCGAAUUUGCUCUUUUUGUGAUGUCACACAAAACAACUUAUUUGCAUAUGUCUACCUGUUCAGCCUGCAGCAGUUUAGCCAUUUCACGCUGAAAUUCCAGUGAGUGGACAGCCCGGACUGUUUUGGAAUUAUGCAAAAUACAGGGAAGCAAAUUAUAACAGAGAUGAUUUACAUAUAUCAGUCUUAAAGGCAAAGUAACAAAAUUUCAUUUGAAUGCAUAGAGGUCGCAAAAUGGUCAUGUAAUUUUUUUUUUCUAUUAUUUAUCUGUUAUUUGCAUUUAUUCUUAUAUUAAUUAAUAUAUUAAUUUUCCAAGGUAAAUUACAGUCCGAAUUUUUUUUCGAUUGUCUUUGCAUUGUACUUUCUAUAGUGAAUCUAAAUGUAGUGCAUUACAAUUGAAUAACAUUUUUUCUAACGUUCUAUAAAAUUUAGCCAACUGUUGCUAUAAAAGUACACAUUCAUAGGAGAAGCAUGGAUUGAUCAAUUUUACUCCGUAGCUCUAUUUUUUACUGAAUUUCUCGAACGGCACUGGCAUUGAAAUUGAAUUAAACCAUGAGAAGAUGCUAAUAUAUGCAUUCCAGAUGUACUAAGUUAUUUGACAGUAGCUGAUAUUACUUAUACCGUACGGCUAGCCAUCCUCCAAUUCAGCCUUUUUACUAAUUAACUAUAUUCCUGCAUUAAUGGUCAUUGUUCAUGUACAUAUGCUUCUUUACUACUACUAUUUUGUCUAAAUUAAUUUUUUAAAACAGUGGGUAUUGUUUGGGUUUGGCUCUUGUGGUGGAUUCCUGCAAAACAUUCCCACGUAAGUGCUCUGUUUUCUCGCAAUAAAACUGCUGAAGGUAUUGAUCACGUAGUUUCGCACCGUAUGUGUUGCUGUGGAUUAUGGUCUCUCUCCUGGAGGACAGGUGUACUGUAGACAUUAUUAGGUUAGAAACUGUGGUUUGAUUUAAGGUGGAAAUAAUGACUUAAGUGACAUGCUUGUUUACGAUGAGGAACUGGAAAACAGCAUUUUUUUAUUACAAUAUGCUAUUGUUGUACCAAAUAAGUCACAUUCUUUCCCCUUUUUAAAUUUAUUGACACCUUAUUAGUGUACUCAGCCUAUGCAGGGUUUUUUCUCGUUAUAAAGUCUUUGCUUUUCUUUUAUACUCCAUUUUCUCUUGCUUACAGUAUAUUGUACAGUUCUGCAAUGUUAUGACAUGUUUCAAAUGUAGAAGAGAACUUUGCAAUGAGAGUUGUAUACUUUAAAAAAAUUAUGAUACAUUGUUAUCUUUUGUAAGUGCAAUAAACUACAUUUCUAAAGUUUGGA